AUGCAGAUGCUACCGGCGCGGAUGGCUAUCACAUGUGCUGUAGUGGAUCGAGAUCGGAGAUUCCUCGACAUUGACGUACGUUGGCCUGGCUCGGUUGGAGAUAGCCGUGUAUUUUCAAACAGUCCUGUAGGGCGCCUGCAUGCGUCAUCCUUUUCAAGUGCGAGUGGAGACAGUGGGGCUGGCUUACUUCAAACUGGGUGGUUCGAGUACAGAAAAAUCACGUUUUUCCUACUUGCAGACUCGGCGUAUGCUAACUCCAAGCACGUUGUGACAACGUAUGAGAUAGCGGAGACCCAGAGAAGUGUGGUAAUUAGCAAACUAAACCGGAAGCUCGCUGGAAUGCGCUACUGUGUCGAGUGUGCAUUUCGUGCUGCGAAGAUGCGAUGGCGGCUUCUAUCGAAGCCUAUCGAGAUAGCGAGGACAAACCUGAAAGACGUACCCACGCUAGUAAGUUCAGUGUGCAUUUUGCAUAACUUCGUGAUCGAUGAGAAAGAUGAGGUCUGGAACCCCGAGCUCGAGCAAAGGCACCGAGAGUUUUACUUCGAAAACUAUCUAAGAUUAACCAACGAGCAACGGUGCACAGAGAAUCAAGUUGAAACAAGCAAAACUAGAGAUGCAAUUCAACACUGGAUGCAGUACAGAGAUUCAGUGAGGUCGUCCUAG